AUGCUCAACAACAGGCUUCCAGUCGGUGAUCAGAUCCAAAGGUGUAACCGGCGUUAGCAUGGGUACGCUUAUAGUGCAUCUAAAUAUGCCUUGGAAAGUCACAUUAUCACAUCUUAACCAAUUAAAUGAGUGUAGGGACAUGCACUGGACAUGUCCCACAUGUCCAGCCUGCAUCAUCCCCAGUGGAUGGAGCAACCAGUUUGAAAAGAGAAUUUACCUGCUAGGCUGACCCGUACAAUAACUGUGCACAAUCACACUUAUUUGAGAAUCUGUAAAUCGAUUAUUUAAUAGUCAUGUGAGACAUUUCCAAUUGCUUAACAAAGUAGAAAAGAAGAGAUGCUGAAAAUAUUCAGUCUUAGUUUUGCUUCCAGUGCUUGUGUUUAAAUCAUAUGGCUCCUCUUCUCUUUGUUUGUCUCUUUCAGGUCCAACUGAUCCACUAUAAUCAAGAUCUGUAUGCUAACUACAGUGAGGCAGCUAAGAGUCCUCACGGCAUUGCUGUGGUCUCCAUCUUCAUUAAGCUCUCAGAAAACUCCAACGCCUUCCUCAACCGUAUGCUCAACAGAGACACCAUAACCAGAAUCAACUACAAACAUGAUGCAUUCCUACUAAUGGGCCUGAACAUAGCUGACCUUUACCCUGACACCAUCCGCUACAUCACCUAUGAGGGCUCCAUCACCAUCCCUCCCUGCUACGAGACCUCCACAUGGAUCCUCAUCAACAAGCCAGUUUAUGUGACACAGAUGCAGAUGCACUCCCUGCGCCUCCUCAGCCAGAACGAACCGUACAAGAUCUUCCUGAGCAUGAGUGACAACACCCGGCCGGCCCAGCCUCUGCUGCAGCGCUGCAUCCGAACCAACAUCAACUUCAACAAGCAGGGCCGCGACUGCCCCAACAACCGUGCCCUGCGCCCACAGUACAGAGGUGAGCCGACCGCUGCUGUCAAGAGAAGGGCUCAGUUCCGCUGGAAGUGAUCGCUGUGUUAUAUAUAACAUCACGUUCUUUUCUCGCUUCUCAUUCUUCAGAGCUGAUCAGGGGAGCCGUUACAUGCCAAAAGUGGAGAUAUUUUUAAGUUGUUCCUAUCUGGACUGUCAAAUCCAUUGAGUGCACAGUUAAAAAUAACCAGGAAACUUUUGGUCAAAGUCAGCAAAUCACUGUUCAAACUUUGGACAGUGGAACGUCCCAUAGUUAACAGAGACUACAGACAUGAGUGAUCAGCAAAAAUGACUGAGACACUGAAGGUUCUGGCAGAACUCUGUUACUCUGAUGGUAUUAAUCAGGCUAUUACUAUUACUAUUUACAUCUUCAUACCAAAGCUCAUCUUUAUCUCUGCCUAAAUAAAUGUAUAUUUAUUACUAUAUAAGCUAAAAACAGUAGAAUGAGCUGAACACUGUCACCCUGCCAGUUACUUACACUGAACACACAGGAAUGGAGUUGUACUUACUCUGCAAAAACACAAUCUUACCGAGUAUUUUUGUUCUAAUGUCUUAGAACUCUUGAAAUAUGAGAAAACUAUCUUACAAGUAACUUUCCAACAAGACAUAAGAGUUUGUUCUAAGUCAGGAAUUUCAUAAUAAUGAUAAAAAGUAUUAGUUCCUCUGACAGAUUAUUUCACUAACCUG